AAAUCUGGACUGUUGGUCAGAAGAAAAGUCUUCCUUCCCAAAUGCCUCCGGCCAGGCAGAUCCUGCGGGGCGUGAUGGUUCUGGAGCUGCUGGGUGUCUUUGGGGCAUACACUCUCUUUCAUAAGAUGAAUCAGAGCCAAGAUUUCAGAAACACCAUGAACAGGAAGUUCCCCUCCAUCCUGGAAGCCUUCUACCAGUCCAACGAGUGGGCCGGCGUCUACGGGAUGAGAGAACGGGACCAGCGGGCCUGGUCGGACAGACAGGACUGAGUCGGAACUGGUUACUUCUUCUUGUGUCGGAACUUCCUGUUUCCUGUUUGGCCCUGGCCGUGCCGCUUCCCCCUGCUCUUUUUCCGGCGGAGCGUCGUGGCGUCGCGGUUGUGGAUCCAGUCGUCCCUCUGAGACUCCCACUUCAGCUGCUUCAGGCCUGCAGGACACAGAACAGAACCGGUCGCACCUGCUUCCUGUUCCCAUCAUGCAUCUGUGAUGUUCUGGUGCAAAAAAUAAAAAUCUAAACGUUU